UUGUUUCUUGGGAAUUUGUUUGUAUCAAUUAUCAUGGGAACAGAUCCAGAGCAACACUCAGAAAGAAGCAGGGGCAGCGUAUGUCUUCAGGACCAGGGGGCCUGGAUGAAGAGGACAAUCAUCUGGGCACUGCUGGAUACUAAACUCGCGUGACUGUCACCCCUACCCGCCUGCCUGGCCCUACUUAAUAUGCAGCCCGCGGGCCUCGAGGGUCCCCACGCGCUUGGCCUGCGGCCUCUGCAGCGUCUGUUGCUCCUGCUGCUGCUGCUCCAGCCUGUAACCCGCGCCCAGAUCACGCUGGGCACUCCCAGCGCCCAGGGCCUGCGAGAGCGUGCACGGGCCCUGAUGCGGGACUUCCCGCUUGUGGACGGCCACAACGAUCUGCCUCUGGUCCUGAGGCGGUUUUACCAAAAUGGGCUCCAGGAUGUUAACCUGCACAAUUUCAGUCAUGGCCAUACCAGCCUGGACAGGCUUCGAGAUGGCCUCGUGGGUGCCCAGUUCUGGUCAGCCUACGUUCCAUGUCAGACCCAGAACCGAGAUGCCGUGCGCCUCACCCUGGAGCAGAUUGACCUCAUCCACCGCAUGUGUGCCUCCUAUUCUGAGCUGGAGCUUGUGACCUCGGUUCAAGCUCUGAACAACACCAGGAAAUUGGCCUGCCUCAUUGGUGUGGAGGGUGGUCACUCACUGGACAGUAGCCUCUCUAUCUUGCGUACCUUCUAUUUGCUGGGAGUGCGCUACCUGACACUCACCCACACCUGCAACACACCUUGGGCAGAGAGCUCGGCUAAAGGCAUUCACCCCUUCUACAAUAAUGUCAGUGGUCUGACCAGCUUUGGUGAGAAGGUGGUGGCAGAAAUGAACCGCCUAGGCAUGAUGGUAGAUUUGUCCCAUGUCUCGGACACUGUGGCACGGCGGGCCCUGGAAGUGUCUCAGGCACCUGUGAUCUUCUCCCACUCGGCUGCCCGGGGUGUGUGCAACAAUGCUCGGAAUGUUCCUGAUGAUAUCCUGCAGCUUCUGAAGAAGAAUGAUGGUGUCGUGAUGGUGUCCUUGUCUGUGGGGGUGCUGCAGUGCAACCAGUUAGCCAAUGUGUCCACUGUGGCAGAUCACUUCGAUCACAUCAAGGCAGUCAUUGGAUCCAAGUUCAUUGGGAUUGGCGGCGAUUAUGAUGGUACCAACCAGUUUCCUCAGGGGCUGGAGGACGUGUCCACAUAUCCAGUACUGAUAGGGGAGUUGCUGAGUCGUGGCUGGAGUGAGGAGGAGCUUCAAGGUGUCCUUCGAGGAAACCUGCUGCGGGUCUUCAGACAAGUGGAACAGGUACGAGAAGAAAACAAGUGGCAAAGCCCCCUGGAGGACAGGAUCCUGGAUAAACAGCUGAACAGCUCUUGCCGCUCUGUCCUUUCACAUCUAAGUCAGAGACAGUAUCUGACAUCAGACCACAAAUUAACCGAGAUUCCAACACACUGGACACCCAAGUUAUCAACCAAGUGGCCACUCUCAAAAUCUUCUCCUUAUGUGGUCCCAGGUCUCGCAGUUGUUGCUGUCUUCCCAGUCCUUACUCUGUGGCUCUGGUGACCCAGUUAGUCCUGCUAGAUGUCACCAUGGCAGUCACAGAUGCCCCACAAAAUUUCCUCAUUGUGCAGGUGCAAAUAUUUUCUGAAAAUAAAUGUUUUGGA